AUGUUUUCUCCCUGGCUCUCACUCAGUGCUGGCUCGCUGAUCCUACCCCUGUUGGCAUCUCCCGUCACGGCCAACGAGUCGAGUGCCGCCGCCUAUCAGCUGGUGGAACGUUGGCAGGCCGACAACUUCCUGGAGUAUUUCAACUUCCACGUUGGACAAGACCCGACCAACGGCUAUGUCAACUAUCUGGACCAAGCCAGCGCACAGGAUGCCGGCCUGGUCAAAGUCACCGACAGCGGCACCCUGUACCUAGGGGUCGACCACACCACCAAACUCAGCCCGGGUGGGAAAGGCCGCGAUUCCGUGCGCAUCGGGACCAAGAAGUAUUAUGACCAAAGUCUGGUCAUUGCCGACAUCGCGCACAUGCCGGGAAGCAUCUGCGGGAGCUGGCCUGCGUUCUGGUCCGUGGGCAUGGAAUGGCCACAGGAUGGUGAGAUCGAUAUCAUUGAGGGCGUGAACCUGCAGGAACAUAAUGAGAUUGUGAUGCACACAAGCGGUACCUGCAGUCUGACAGACCAGGGCAUGACCGGUGUGGUCAAUGCCACAGGCUGUGGAGCGGACCUGGGACCCGUAGGCUGCGUCGUCGAAGGCCACAAGGGCAGCUAUGGCACCUCGUUCAAUCGACAGGGUGGCGGUGUGUACGCCAUGGAGUGGACUGCCGAUUUCCUGAAGAUUUGGUUCUUCCCUCGGCGCUCCAUCCCGUCCUCCAUCUCCAGCGGACAGCCCGAUGUCACCGAGUUUGGCACCCCGAUGGCGCUGGUGCAGGAAGGGUGUGACGUGGCUAACAGCUUCAAGUCCCAGUCGUUCGUGUUUGAUGUCACCUUCUGUGGUGACUGGGCGGGCGGCGUGUUUGGCCAGUCGGGCUGCCCCAUGUCCAGUUCGGAUCCCGUGCAGAGCUGCAUCAACUAUGUUGCUCAGAACCCAUCCGCCUUCGAGCAGUCGUACUGGGAGAUCAACUCUAUACAGAUCUACCAAACUAGCGUGAAUGGCCCGGCUUCGAACUCUACGACAACCCAUGCUCCUGCCACGACUCACACGACGGCCGAGCCUUCUGUUGCGGAAACCCAAUCGGUUACUUCCGCCCACGAGGGUGCCACGACUGUGCAUUCGGCAGUUACUACUUCUUCAACUGAGGCCAAACCGACGUCGGUAAAGUCUAUGCACCACGAGACCGUUGAGAAGGCUCUGGCUACUACCGGUGUCAAAAAGGCACCUGCUACUUUGUACGUGACGAAUUUUGUGACUUCGACCAAAACUGUUUGCACCGACACCGUCACCGCGAAUGGAGCUGAGAUGACCAAAGAUCUGUCUAAUGGUGAGAACUUGAAACCGGCCGGCUCCUCGAACACAGCCACUCGUGUCGAGACAGUCGUUGAGCCACAGAACACGGCAAUGUCUACCCAAGCCCACGGCGUUAAUGGAAAGAGCGCGACCUCAAACGCUGCAUCCAACGAUCAUUCUGCGCCUGGAAAAGACUCUGUCAAUUCGGUUACUUUACACAAGCCAACAGAGAUUGAGAAUUUAUCUCCUGCAACCAGUGCACCCGGCCUCCUACCGUCUUUACGACCUUCUCGCAGUUCGGUGCCUCUCAUCCCUCAUCCUGACGCUUCCACACAUAGUCCCAGUUCUUCACCCACUGGUGUCAGCGCUGUGUUUACCGGCGCUGCUCACAAGGCGACUGGAAAUGUCCUUGGAGCUAUCCUUGCUUUUGUUCUCGCCCUUUUGGUCUGA